AUGGGGAUGGAAGCCCCCAAGGCCCCCAAGAAACCCACCAGCAGCCGAGGCCUCUUCAACACCAACAUGGGACCUCUGCAGCGCCAGCUCCGCCUGGGCGAGUACAACCUGCUCAAGUGUGCUGCCAUGUUUGAGAGCGACUUCGUCCAGGUCAGCAAACAAGGUGGCAUUCUCGACGUGCACAAUCAGGUGCAGCAGGUACGUGUCGCCAUUGCCGCGACCAGCCCGGGACUCCCGGUGCCCGACGUGCUCCUACUGGCCCGGCCGGUCCUCCUCCCUCAACAGCUGCCACCCAACCCGCAGCACAGGUAUCGUCCCCGUGCUCGGAAUCGGAAGUUUGAGCUCACCAGGCUCCUUCCGCUGUGCUUCGUCAAGAUCACCAUCCAUGACCAGGAGAAGAAGCAGCUGCGAUUCAAGAUGGUGACGGGCCGCACCUUCUACCUCCAACUUUGCCCCCCAGCAGACAACCAGAAGGACAACUUUGACUUGUGGGUCAAGGUCGUCCAUCUCCUUCGGCCCCCCUCGGACAUUCACCAGGAUAAGUGGCGCCAAGACCCGUGGAAGUCUGAGGAUUUAGCCCCCCAAGCAACCGCCAGUUCUGCCACCCAGGCCUCAGAGGAGAGGGAGAUCUCGAUCGCAGAAGUGAUGAGCACCCUUCAGGAGGAGAUCCUGGAAAGUCCCACCAACACCCUGGACUUCAUGGACACUCCCAGCAUCUCCACCAGCCCCGCCCCGACCUUGGUGGCCCUCCAAGAGAGGCUGGAGACCCCUUUCCCUCCACUGGAGGUCCACAGCUCCAUGGAGGAGCCCUGGAGGGUUCCCCUGGAGAGGAAGGAGAGCCCCUUGGCCCUGUCGCCCGUCAGCAGAUUCAAGACCGGAGAUGCUCACAAGGAGACCAAGGAGGUGGUCCAUGGGGCAGGAGGUCAAAGAAAAAGCAAAAGCCGCAGCAAGUCGAGUCGAUCUCGCCGAAGCCAUUCGUCCAAGCAAGUGGUGCGCCAGGCUUCCCGAAAGAUCUCCUCCUUCAUGGGCUCCUUGUCGGGGAGCGGCCAGAAAGCGCCCAAGAGUUCUCGCAGCAGCCGGAAGCCCUCGACAAGCAAAGAAAGGAAGCGCUGA